UCCGCCGCUGCUGCUGCCCGAGCUUCUUCCUCCCACCCGCCGCCGCUGGCUGCGAAACUCCAGUUCCCACCCCGGGCCUGCGCCCUGCCGGACCCGGGACCCACGCUCUCCGGCCUGGGCGAGGGGCCGCCGGCGGCGCGGGAGGCGCCUACCCUUCCCCGCUCAGCAGCGCAUGCUCUCCCUGCCCCGGCAGGCGCCUCCGCAGCCUCACGGACCCCGCGGCGAGGGCACCGGGAGCGCGUUUCUCGCUAGGAGCCUGCCGCAUGUGACUGGCCCCGGCGUGCCUGCCUCCGCCCCGGAGCCGACUCUGCAUUCCGUUUCCCUCGCUGCUCUCCGAGAGCGGCGUGCCCUUGCCUGACGGCGAGAAGAGGAGCCUGGCGUGACUUUGAGGGCGCGGAGGCCACCCCUUCACCCUCCCCAGCCCCGUCCUCCAGCUUUGCCCCGCCAUGUCCAGCGAGGAAAGCUACUUGGCCAUCCUGCGCUACCUGACAAACGAACGGGAGCCCUACGCGCCGGGAACGGAGGGCAACGCCAAGCGCAAGAUCCGCAAGGCAGCCGCCUGCUAUGUCGUGCGCGGCGGCACCCUGUACUACCAGCGGCGGCAACGGGACCAGCAGCGCUUCACCGAGCUCGAGGUGGUGCUGCAGGCCGAGCGCCGCGCCCGCCUCAUCCGCGCCGCCCACCUGGCGCCCGACGGCACCCACCGGACCCGGCUGCAGACCUGGCAGGGACUGUCGCAGAAAUACUGGUGGCGAGGUAUUCUUAAGCAGGUUAAAGAUUACAUUAAAGAAUGCAACAAGUGCCAGGAAAAGCUGGAUCGUUCUAGAUCUCUCUCAGAUCCUUCUGAAAUGCUGGAAGAAUUAGGACUGGAUGCAAAAUCUCAUGAUGGCAGUAAUGAAACAGAUGAUGAAUUGAGUAACACAGCAUCGAUCCCAGCUACAUCCCCAAAGCCUGUGAAGAAGAAGCCAAUAGCAAAGCAUGAGCUUAUAUUUGUUGACAGUAAGGGCCUUGUGAAGCAGUCAUCCUCCAAACAUUCUCAAUCAGUCUUAAACCAACUGAAUCAGCAGAGGCUUUCCAAUCAGUUCUGUGAUGUGACUCUGAUGAUUGAAGGAGAGGAGUACAAAGCUCACAAAUCUGUCUUGGCAGCCAGCAGCGAGUACUUCCGAGAGCUCUUCAUUGAAAAGGGAGCUGUCUCUAGUCACGAAGCUGUAGUGGAUCUCUCAGGGUUCUGCAAGUCCAGUUUCCUACCUCUGUUGGAAUUUGCUUAUACUUCAGAAUUAACUUUUGACUUCUGUAGUAUGGCAGAAGUGGCCAUGCUUGCCCAGCAUCUCUUCAUGCCAGAGGUCCUUGAAAUGUGUGAAAAUGUGCACAAACAGAUGGAAGACAAACAAAUCACAGUGUAUCAGAAAGGAGACAUUCAAACAGUAGAGUCAAUACAAACUUCAUCAGAGCAGAGUGAAGCUAGGAUGCAGCCUGUAGGUGGUGCUGAGGAACCUGAGCUCACAGUGACAGUAGCUGUGAAUGGAGCUCCUUCUGCUGGGAUGGAGGAGCCAGCAGCACCACAGCCUGACCUACCACCAAAGCCUGUGGAGGCCACUCCAGAUGAUCUUUCAAAUCCUGUGGAACAGCAUGAAACAACUGAAAAGGAUGUCAAGAUGCAGCUGCUGGAGAGCAUUUCUGACAGCAGCAUGUCUGUUGUGGAGGCUGAGCCAUCAGCUGUGGAAGCUAUGCACACAAGAGGUCAACCAGAAACUGAGACAAAUCAAAAUGAAAGUGGUAAAACAAAUGUAGAUGCUGCUUCUGAAGAUGGCUCAGAAGCACUCAUGGAGCCCUGUGGUGGGCAAAGUGAAGAACAGAUCACUUCAGUUUCACAACCAGAGAGCCUAGGUCAAGAUGAUGGCUACAAAAGCAAGCUUCGCCAGCGUUCUGUUAGCGAAGGGGGAUAUAUCAGAUUGCAUAAAGGAAUUGAAAAAAACCUGCAAAAUAGAAAGACAAAUCCUAAAUCUGCAGUCCAGCAGGUUGCCAUGAAGCUGGUACAAAGAGGGAAAAAAAUGAAGCAGCCCAAAAGAGAGACCACAGAAAACAAUGAAGCAGAAGCUCAUCAUAAAUGCAACGAGUGCGGAAUGGAGUUCCAGCGGCGUUACGCGCUUAUAAUGCACACACUGAAACAUGAAAGAUCUAAGGAUUAUAAAUGCCCAUUGUGUAAAAAAGAGUUCCAGUACGGUGCCUCUCUGCGAGCUCAUCUUGUCCGGCACACUCGGAAGACGGAGGUGAACACUGCGGCUGCUGGUUCAGAAGCAGGUGUCCCUUCAGUGAGAGGGAGAACUAAAAGAGAAUUCAUUUGUGAUAUCUGUGGAAGAACUCUCCCCAAGCUUUAUUCUCUCAGAAUACACAUGCUCAAACAUACAGGUGUAAAACCACAUGCAUGCAAGGUUUGUGACAAGACCUUUACAUAUAAACAUGGAUUAAAAAUGCACUUAGCUCUCCAUGAAGUACAGAAACAAUUCAAGUGUGACUUGUGUGAGAAGUCUUUUGUCACCAAAAGAAGUCUACAGGAGCACAUGAGCAUUCAUACAGGAGAAUCUAAAUACCUUUGCUCCAUCUGUGGAAAAUCUUUCCACAGGGCAUCAGGACUCAGUAAACACAUAAAGAAACACCAGCCAAAGCCUGAAGUUCGUGGAUAUCAGUGUACUCAGUGCGAAAAGAGUUUCUAUGAAGCCCGAGAUCUUCGGCAGCACAUGAACAAACACUUAGGUGUGAAGCCAUUCCAGUGUCAGUUCUGUGGCAAGUGUUACAGCUGGAAAAAAGACUGGUAUUCUCAUGUCAAGUCUCACUCUGUCACAGACCCUUAUAGGUGCAAUGUAUGUGGUAAAGAAUUUUAUGAGAAAGCUUUGUACAGAAGACAUGUGAAGAAGGCCACACAUGGCAAAAAAGGAAGAGCAAAACAAAAUCUGGAACGAGUUUGUGAGCAUUGUGGAAGAAAAUUCACUCAGCUCCGGGAAUAUAGGAGGCACAUGAACAAUCAUGAAGGUGUGAAGCCAUUUGAAUGUCUCACUUGUGGAGUAGCCUGGGCAGAUGCACGUUCGCUGAAGCGCCAUGUGAGGACACACACCGGAGAACGUCCCUACGUCUGCCCGGUGUGCAACGAGGCUUACAUCGACGCCCGCACGCUCCGCAAGCACAUGACCAAGUUUCACAGGGACUACGUACCCUGCAAAAUUAUGCUGGAGAAAGAUACUCUCCAGUUUCACAACCAGGGGACACAGGUGGAGCAUGCCAUCAGCAUUUUAGCAGCAGAUGUGCAGGAACAAGAAGCUGGGAUUAGUGUUGAGAGUGGUGAGAUUGAGACUGUGGUAGUGACAGAAGAGACUCUCGAAGCCAUCGAAGCAGUUUCAGCUACAGAGGAAUGUACACCAGUCUCCACUCUUUCUGACCAAAGCAUAAUGCAGGUGGUAAAUUAUGUAUUGGCUCAACAGCAAGGACAGAAAGUGGCUGAGGUGACACAGGCCGUCGAAACUGUAGAAGUGGCUCAUGUUACAAAGACAGAUUGAAUACAAUGUAAGAGGGCAUGAAGGGUGAGGCUUGAAGGUCUGUGGGAGAUGGGUACUUCUUUGGGUGUCCGAGGCUGUGGACAGGGAGGUUUGAAGAUUUGUGGGAGCUAAACAUUUAUCUGUGUCUGAGGCUGUCGACAGGGGAAGUCUUAGUAUCUGUAAGAGUGAAACAGGUGGGUAUCUGAGGCUGUGAGCAGUGAGGUUUCAAGGCCUGUAGGAGCAAAGUAUUUGAGGCUUACAGUGAUGCCCGUUUUCAAACAGCUAACCCCCACUACUAAAUGUCUUGGUGAUGGAAAACUGCACCAUGCACUGUGGGGAAAAAUUAAGAUGCUUCAGUAUGUGCCAAGAUUUGUGCACACACUGUACAAAAACCAAGUAAGAAAAUGUUGGAAUAAUAAUAUUUUCUGCCUCAUGAAGUGUCAUGCUGUGACCUAUAAAAAAUGAAACAUAAAGAGACUGCACUAGAAAGAAGAAAUACACAGCUAUUGGUAGUGUAUUUUCCUUUGGUUUUCAUCUUUUUACUUCAGUUUUCAUGUGUUUCAUCCAGUUUGUGAGAGAACUACAAAGCCUGUUUACUCACCAAGACAAGGUGAUUGUAAAAUGCUUCAUGUGACACAGAAAACUGCAGGCUUUCUGAAUUGGGGUAUAGGCACUAUCAGCAAUUAGUGAAGUUGUUUUGAAGACCACCUUCCAGUUCCAAGUUGAUUGCAAGGCUGAGGUUCAUCAAAGUGCUGUAAAAUAUUUGACAGGUGAUGGGCCAGGGUCCUCUACAGUCAGAGGAAGUGGUUAUCUGAGAUGGAUUGUGACUUUGAGGCCAGGGAGAUUGCUUAGAGAAGUAAACUGCUUCUUGCUUGUAAGCAAGCUCAUGCUUGAUCCAUCCUCUGUGCACAGCUAUGUUUUAAUGAUGUGUGGCUGUGUAAAGGGAACUGUCACUUGCAUUGCUGUGUGGAGCCACAGCAGACAACCUAAUGAUUGGUGUUUCUUAAUUUUUCAUUACAUUUGAUGCAGAAACUCUCCAGUAAAAGGUUUAGUUUACAGUCUGACCUUGUCUUGUAGCAUGGUGGAAAGAGGAGCCCUACUAAUUCCCAAGCAGAGGACACAGCAAUAUGAGGGUAGAGAGUGGUUAAGAACCUUAGUAUGAGCUAAAAGUUAGUCUCAAAAUUCCCAGUUUCCAGAAAGUUUUUGGUUGUUUUUUACUGCUGCUGUAAGAAAAUGUUUCUAGGGCAAAUAAAUUACUUGGUAUUGCAUCAGAGAGAUGAAAGAAUUCUUACUAUUUUCUAGUGAGGAAGUAUCACUACCAUGCUUGCCCCAAAUUUCAGUGUCUCUGACUUAAUAACAUGAACAGUGCAGAUUUGAAUGUGGACAGGGGGUUGUUUUGGGUGAUUGUUAAGCAAGAUUAACACAUUUGUUGAGGGAACAUGACCACUCUGAAUUGUAUUCUUUAAACUGUUUUCAGUCUCUAGUGUUAAAUGCUUCCCAGCUUUGCCAGGAGCAAGAUACUCAAGGGGCUAGAAGUCUGGGCUACUGCAGGGUAAACUUAAUAAAUUAGAUGCAUGUAACUUAAUACUGAUGAAGUUGGAUGCAUCUAAUUUUUAGGUGCAUCCACCUUAAUAAAAUUAGAUGCCUCUAACUUCAUCAAGUGCAACUACCUGUGAAAGUUUCACUGCACAAAAUGGAAGCCAAAUCUGUGACAGAACCACCUCAUUUGAAUUAGUAUUUUUACCUUUCAUAGUCAUUUGAGUGUCCACUGAGCUCCAAGAAGGAGUGCUCUUUUCAUACUUUGCAAGCAUGUAGAUAAACAGCUGUUGGUUUUUGGUUUUUUAAGCAAUACACAGUCUGGGUUCCUGCCUCAAGUCUGAAUUAAGCUGUAGAAGAUUAAUUAAAGAAUUAAAUUCAUGGGAAAAAAAGGCUCAAGGUCUUCCUGCAGAUGAAUAAUGUAGUUAUAUAUUUUGCAGCCCUUUACUAGUCUGUUCUUCUAGAAAAUUAUCAAGUGGAAUAAAACUUUGAGUAUUUCAAACUAAAUAAAAAUACUAGUAAGUGGAAUUUGCUUUUUUUGUAUUGUCAGGAACCCAGAGAAGAGCCAUCCUGGUUCAUUUAAAUCCUGCCAUUGUGAUGGGAAACAAUUUAGAAGUGCUAGGGGAACUUGGAAAAUUGACUUCAAUGUUUGUAUCCUGCAAUUAUGUAUUACUCAAGUGAGGUAAGGUUCAAGGACAAAAUGCUGUAAAUAGUGCUAGGGUAUGAUCUGUAUAUUUAGUGUGGUACCUUACAACCAGAAUAUGACCAGCACCUGUAGUUUAAUCCUCGGUGCAUUUAUUUAUUGACCCAUUUGGAAGAAGCAAAUCUGAAUUUCAGAGCCUUGUAGCCCACUGUACAAAGUGCUUUCACUGACUUGACAGCCUGCUAUUUAGAAACAAACCCCCCCACCAAGCUGACAAAACAAACCUCAAUGACAAGAAAGCAGUUUUUUUUCUGAACGAGACUCCAGGCUGAAAGUGGUGGCACCCCUCUCCUAACACACUGUGCCUUAGCUUCUCAGAAUGGCAUGAGGGAAGUAGGGAGUGUCACUCUAAGCUUUGCUGUCCCUGUGAAAUUGCCUUAUGUUCUUGACUUCAGCUCUUAUUUAAGAUGUUCAGCACCCUCCUGCAGCCUAUUUGGAGUCAGACUGCAAAGGGGCAGUUACUAUUUAAUUUGAUUUAUUAUUUUUUUUAAAUUAAAGCUUGAGACAUGUCCAUGGAUGAAGUGAAUUCCUGUACAUAACGAAUUUGAUUUGUACAUUCUGCUGCUUUUAUUUAGUGUUAGAUGUAUAAAGUUAUGGUUAUUUCUGUCAUUAAUAAACUGAGCGUUGCCUUGAA